AUGUUCAACAUGAGGGCCCGUUGUGUGGCUGCGAGUGUAGCGGAGAUCGAGUUGGCGCUGCGUGUAGAAUCUGUUUUCCUUUUAUUUUCCCUUGCCCAUUUUUCUUGGUUUCCUUGUCCCGGAAUUACCGAGCCCGUUUGGAUUUUGUCGCGCCUGCUCAGCUUGAAUGCUUCCGGCUCGUUCACGGAGGACUCGGAAUCGGAGAUUGAUGCGAUGCUCGAGCGGUUUUAUGGGGAUGCUGGAAUCUGGACCCAGAUUCCCAUUAGUCACUCAAACACAAUCAUGAAUCUGUACCCAGUUUCAAUUCCUGUGCUGUGUUUCUGUUUCUGUUUCCUCAUCACAUUCACAAACAGUAGUAAUGACCCAGCAACACAUAUAGCAGUAGACCUUUUGGUCAACUGUGGCUCGACCGGCAAAUCUACAGCACUCGACGGCCGGGAAUGGAUUGGUGAUGUCAUAAACCCGAAAUCCACUUCAUAUGUACAGAUCAAAGGCUCAUCAGCAAUCUCAACGGCUAACAGUCGGUUGAUAUCCGGAGAUGAAGUUCUCCACAGGACAGCUAGAAUUUCUCGUUCGCAAUUCUCUUACACAUUCCAAGUGGGCCCAGGUCAGAAAAUUCUUCGCCUUCAGUUCUAUUCGGCCCCAUACAAAGGUUUCAAAGGGUUGAAAGACUUGUUCACUGUCUUAGCUGGUCCUUUUACUUUGCUCGGCAACUUUAGUGCUUCACUUACUGCCGAUGCUCUCAGCUUGAAAUCUUUUACGAAAGAAUUCUGUUUGAGCAUACAGGAAAACGAACAAUUUACCGUAACUUUUAUUCCCGAGACUAGCCAAUCACUUGAUGCGUACGCUUUCGUAAACGGCAUCGAGAUUAUCUCUGUGCCUGCUAAUGUUCCUUACUUUCAAGGUUUAGACAAUGGAGUUCAAGUUGUUGGUCAAAAGUCAACUGUCUACGUCGGUCACCACACGGCACUUGAACUAAUCUAUCGAUCAAUUAUUACGCAAAGUUACGGUCAGUCAGAAUAUUCUGACGGCACCUUACCACUGUGGGCUUUACGAAAAGCAGAGAAGGUAAAGAACAAAACCUGGAGAGUACCAGUGAAUGUGGGGUUCAGGUAUUUGAUCAGGCUACAAUUCUCGGAGAUUGGACUCAAAAUCUCUGGCACUCAUGCUGUGAAGUUUCGAGUACUUAUCAACGGCAUGAUUGCUCACACUAAUAUUGACAUGGUAAAAGAAAUUUCUCCCGGUGAAAGUAAAAACAUUCCCUGGUAUUAUGAGGAUUACUUGGUGACAAUUAGAGGGCGCAAAGAGCAAGGCAAACGUGAUCUCUCGAUUUCUUUGCAUUCGCACGAUGAGCUCAUAGACGGGCUUCAACUCAUUUCUGCAUUCGAAAUAUUCAAGCUGAGCAACCAUGACAAUAGUCUUGCCAGUCCAAACUCCUUGCCUCCACCAUCUCGAAAUCCACCAUCCAAGCCCAUUCUAAUCUUUUUCUCAAAUCGAACUGUAUUUUCUUUUGUUGCAACAAUUGUACUAUGCCUGUUGAGCAUCACUGUUCAUAAGCUACGCGAGUAUUCGGAAGCUGAUCUUACUGAUGCACCGGAGGAAAAAAAUAAGCCAUCCGCAAGAGCCGAACGUCUCUGCCGCCGCUUUUCGCUCGUCGAGAUCCAAUCCGCCACUAGAAACUUCAACGACGGGCUUCUAAUCGGAAGUGGCGGAUUUGGUAAAGUCUACAAAGGCCUCAUCGACAGAGGACAGAAAAAAACUGUUGCCAUCAAGCGGCUAAAAUCAAACUCCACGCAGGGGGCCCGCGAGUUUCUUAUGGAGAUCGAGACGCUGUCCGAGCUUCGUCAUGCGAAUCUAGUUUCUCUAAUCGGUUAUUGCAAUGAAAACCGGGAGAUGAUCCUUGUGUACGACUAUAUGUCCGGCGGGACACUCGCUGACCAUCUCUACAAACUUCGGAGGACUACAAACGAUAGUUUUUUUCCUAAGCUAAAUUGGGAAAAACGUCUCGCUAUUUGCAUUGGGGCAGCCCGCGGGCUGGACUAUCUCCACACGGGCUGUAGAAUCAUACAUCGGGACGUGAAAAGCUCGAACAUCCUUCUGGACGAAGAUUUCAUAGCUAAGGUUUCUGAUUUCGGUUUGGCGAAACACGAGGAGGGUAACAAAUUGCAGAGUCACAUCAGUACGCAGGUGAAGGGCACAAGAGUGUACAUGGACCCGCAUUACUUCCGCACGCGUAAACUGACGAUGAAAGCCGAUACGUACGCUUUUGGUGUGGUGCUUUUCGAAACGCUGUGCGGACGGGCGGCGGUGGAUUUGAAUGUGGCGGAGGAGGAGCACAUUCUGACUGUAUGGGCCCAUGAUAAAAUAAGUAAAGGAGAGGUUGAUGGGAUAGUGGAUUCGAGUUUGAGAGUGGAGAUUUCGAAAGGUAGCCUUAAGACGUUUGCUGGGAUUGCCGAAAGAUGCUUGCACGAGGACCCAAAAAGCCGGCCAUCAAUGUCUCAGGUCGUGCAGCAGCUUGAGCUUGCACUCGACCAACAGAACAAUGGAUUAGUUUUGGUUUCGAGUGAGGUAGGGAGUGAUUUUGAUGAAAUUCGCGCUAUUAAUGACGAAAUCGAGGUCCCCACAAAGGCUUCCAGUUCCACAUACAUGCCGACAUCUCCACCGCAUUUAAGUAGAGAUGGAAAUAAACGUACGGGUCAUAAGCAGUCACGGGUUUGGCCAUGGGCUGCGUUUUUGGGCCGAGCCAUAGCACCUAGGAGAAACGAUUUGCUGCAAGAAAUUGAGGAAGCAAACCUACGAUCGCUCAAGUUUGAUUGGGACACAAUUGUAGCUGCUACGAAUGUAUUCUCCUCGUCCAACAAAGUUGGUCAUGGCAGUUUCGGUCCUGUUUACAAGGGUGUCUUACCUACUAUACGGCUGUUGGUUGCAAUUAAAAAAUUUUCGCCACCUUCCACCCGAGGCCAGAGUGAAUACAUAAAUGAGAUACGGCUGCUUUCCAGUCUCCAGCACCAGAACAUCAUCAAGAUGCUCGGCCAUUGCAUCCAUAGAGAGGAAAAGCUGAUUGUGUACGAGUUCAUGAUGAACAGAAGUCUAGACACUUUUAUCAGCGGCAAAGAACAACGACGCCAGCUUCUUACAUGGCCAGUUCGGUUUGAAAUCAUAAAAGGGAUUGCUCGAGGAGUCGUUUAUCUACAUCAGGACUCGGGACUCUCAGUCAUUCACAGAGAUCUCAGUGCACGCAGUAUUUUACUGGACAGCAAGAUGAUUCCAAAAAUUUCAAGUUUCGCAUUUGCAAGGACCAUUGGAGGAAUUCACUUAGAAAUGGACACCUCGAGAAUAGUUGGAACCUUUGGCUACAUGUGUCCGGAUUAUGUUAGGCAUGGAAAUGUAUCAGUUAAAAUGGAUGUGUACAGCUUUGGGAUCAUAGCCCUGGAGGUCGUGUGCGGCCAGAAGGUGAAUCUAACACCGCCCCUUGGUGGACAUGUUUGGGAGCUUUGGAAAGAAGGGAAAGCAUUAGAUUUGGUCGACGAAUCACUUGGAGGUGCAUUUGAAGCAGAAGAAGCUCUUAGAUGCAUUCAAGUUGGGCUGUUAUGUGCUCACCAGCAACCACAGCAUCGACCAAUGAUGUACUCCGUGCUUAAAAUGUUGGACGGUCACGAGCCUCUGGUCGACCCACAACAGACAUGGUCACUAGCUGGAAAUUUAUCUUCAGCAGGAGACUCUUUAUGUAGUGAUGCAACAUUUGAAUCCGAUGACGUACUGGAAAAUCGUUGGAAAGACCUGCAAGUGGCUCGUGACUUGAGGUUUGUCAUUUUAAUGGUUCGAUUAUUUGCUGGAUCAGGUUAUGGUUCUCUCAUAUUUUUUGCGACGGGUUUCAAGUACAGCUACUCAUUAAGGUUCGAGUUCGGCUCGUUACUAUUGAUAAAUGAGUGGAGUGAACUCGAGCUUGCAGACUUGGCGAGCAUCGAUAAAGACUCGAAACCUGAGUAUCAGAAGCUUGGCCCAUUCCUAUUAGUCACUCAAAACACAAUCAUGAAUCUGUACACAGUUUCGAUUCCUUUGCUGUGUUUCUGUUUCUGUUUCCUCAUCACAUUCACAAACAGUAGUAAUAACCCAACAACACAUGUAGCAGUAGACCUUUUGGUCAACUGUGGCUCGACCGGCAAAUCUACAGCACUCGACGGCUGGGAAUGGAUUGGCGAUGUCAUAAACCCGAAAUCCACUUCAUAUGCACAGAUCAAAGGCUCAUCAGCAAUCUCAACAGCUAACAGUCGGUUGAUAUCCGGAGAUGAAGUUCCCGACAAGACAGCUAGAGUUUCUAGUUCGCAAUUCUCUUACACGUUCCAAGUGGGCCCAGGUCAGAAAAUUCUUCGCCUUCAGUUCUAUUCGGCCCCAUACAAAGGUUUCAAAGGGUUGAAAGACUUGUUCACUGUCUUAGCUGGUCCUUUUACUUUGCUCGGCAACUUUAGUGCUUCACUUACUGCCGAUGCUCUCGGCUUGAAAUCUUUUACGAAAGAAUUCUGUUUGAGCGGACAGGAAAACGAACAAUUUACCGUAACUUUUAUUCCUGAGACUAGCCAAUCACUUGAUGCGUACGCUUUCGUAAACGGCAUCGAGAUUAUCUCUGUGCCUGCUAAUGUUCCUUACUUUGAAGGUUUAGACAAUGGAGUUCAAGUAGUUGGUCAAAAGUCAACAGUCUACGUCGGUCACCACACGGCACUUGAACUAAUCCAUCGAUCAAUUAUUACGCAAAGUUACAGUCAGUCAGAAUAUUCUGACGGCACCGUACCAUUGUGGGCUUUACGAAAAGCAGAGAAGGUAAAGAACAAAACCUGGAGAGUACCAGUGAAUGUGGGGUUCAGGUACUUGAUCAGGCUACAAUUCUCAGAGAUUGGACUCAAGAUCUCCGGCACUCGUGAUGUGAAGUUUCGAGUACUUAUCAACGGCAUGAUUGCUCGCAUUAAUAUCGACAUGGUAAAAGAAAUUUCAACCGGUGAAAGUAAAAACAUUCCCUGGUAUUAUGAGGACUACUUGGUGACAAUUAGAGGGCGCAAAGAGCAAGGCAAACGUGAUCUCUCGAUUUCUUUGCAUUCGCACGAUGAGCUCAUGGACAGGCUUCAACUCAUUUCUGCAUUCGAAAUAUUCAAGCUGAGCAACCCUGACAAUAGUCUUGCCAGCCCAAACUCCUUGCCUCUACCAUCUCGAAAUCCACCAUCAAAGCACAUUCUAAUCUUUUUCUCAAAUCAAACUGCAUUUUCUUUUGUUGCAACAAUUGUACUAUGCCUGUUGAGCAUCACUGUUCAUAAGCUACGCGAGUAUUCAGAAGCUGAGCUUACAGAGGCACCCGAAGAAAAAAACAAGCCAUCCGCCAGAGCCGAACGUCUCUGCCGCCGCUUUUCGUUCGUCGAGAUCCAAUCCGCCACUGGAAAUUUCAACGACGGGCUUCUAAUCGGAAGUGGCGGAUUUGGUAAAGUCUACAAAGGCCUCAUCGACAGAGAACAGAAAACUGUCGCCAUCAAGCGUCUAAAACCAAACUCCACGCAGGGGGCCCGCGAGUUUCUUAUGGAGAUCGAGACGCUCUCCGAGCUUCGGCACGCGAAUCUAGUUUCGUUAAUCGUUUUUUUCCUAAGCUAA